AUGCGUCAUGAACCUAUUUGUGUUGUUACUGACCAAUAUCCAGCUGUCAAGAUUGCAGUUGCUCGUGUGUUUGGUACAUCAAAACAUAGAUUCUGCAUGUGGCAUAUAAUGUGCAAGGUUGGUGAGAAGGUUGGACCGGUUUUAGCUAAGGACGAGGUGUUUAGAAGGAAGUUGAAUGGCAUUGUUUGGAACAAAUCUAGAGAUUCCAAAGCUUUUGAGGAUUUAUGGAGUCGUAUUAUAGAGGAAUAUGGUUUGGUUGAUAACGGAUUUGUUAGGACAACGUCUCGAUCAGAGUCUCAAAAUAGUUUUUUUGGCAGUUUCUCUAAUGGUUAUUCUAGUUUGGUUGAGUUUUUGGUGCAUUUUGAUAGUGCUAUUAGUGCACAACGACAUGCACAAGCAAAAUUGACUGCUGACUCUGAAUCUUGUUUUCCUGUUUUGAACACUCCAUUGGCGCUGGAGAAGCAUGCAAUGGAUGUGUAUACCAUUUAUGUAUUUUAUGAUUUGAAAGUAGAGAUUUGUGAAUGUUGUUUUUCUUGUCGAGUGGUGUCUUUGUGUGAUUGUGAUGAUCGUGGACUUGAGAGAAUUCCUUCUAUGUAUUUGGUGUCUCGAUGGACAAAGGGUGCUUGUUUGAAGCCAAUAUUUGAUAUUGAUGAUACGGUUGUUGAUCAAUCGGCUAAAGUGGAUAAUGUUAGGGUGCUUACUAAUCUAAUGUGUUUUUUUCUCAAAGAUGGGUGUGAGGAUGACAAUGGGGUAGCUCGUAGCAGCAAGGAAAGUGUGAUUAAAUCAUUUUGUGGUGAUGUGUCUCAGGGGUCAACAGUGGAGGUGCGUGAUCCAAUUAAAGCUAAGAACAAGGGCAGCGGGAAGCGGAUGAAGAGUGCAAGGGAGAAAGCUGCGAAUAAGUGUGUAAAGCAAUCAAGGAAAUGCCAUAGUUGUGAUGAAUAUGGUCAUAGUAGUUGGACGUGCCCAUUAAAUGGCUAG